GCAUGUUAUUAUAUAUAAUACGGCAUAGCGCGCUUAGCUCCGCUACAUAUUCUUUCCUGGGUUGUCAUUCUAUACCUAGAUGGAGGAGAUAGCCGAGCAAUAUUGAUUACCAGACUGGCAAUCAAUCCCCGAUGCUAAGAGAUAUGAUUAUCUUGCGUCAAAAUGUAACGAUGGGGUGGGAAUAAAGCAAGUUAUAUAUGAGGAGUUACUGGAAUGGUCCCCAAUUAUUCGGAUCUAAUGAAGUAUAUCUAGGUUAGUAUAUUCCCUUAAUUCCUCCCCCCACUCUUCGGUGUUAUACUGCAGCAUGGCGUCUCGGGGGCUGCAUGGGACACUCUUGUGAGGGGUCGAACUUAUGAGCAUUUCUCCGUUUGGAUACUUUCUAUGUAAUGUCUAGUUAUUAUAAAUAAACAAACGUUUGAAUAUGAGCAGUGUCGAAGGACCAAUAACUAAGAAGUCCUGGCAGGAAUUGCAGGCUGCAAAAAAGGCCGAGCAGGACUCGAGAAUACCGGCGGAAUGGAAAUUGAAACCGGCAGACAUUCCGCCGGAAGACACCGUUGACCUCCGCCCCUUUGUUAGCACAUUCAAUAUAUUAUCUCCGGCCGAGCUGGUAAUUACUAGUGAGGAAUACGAUGCAACAUCUUUGGCGACCGCCAUUGCCACAGGCAAAUUCACAGCCGUAGAGGUCGUGACGGCAUUCUGUAAACGCGCCGCGAUAGGCCAUCAGCUCUGCAACAUGCUGACGGAAAUCAUGUUCGCGGAUGCAAUAGAGCGAGCUAAAGAACUAGACAGCAUCUUCAAAAGCACGGGGAAGGUGGUCGGGCCCCUGCAUGGGGUUCCUAUGACAUUCAAGGAGUGCUUCCAUUUCAAGGGGUACGACUCGACGAAUGGGUACAUGUCCCGAGUCUUCCAGCCGGCCGACCGCACGUCGCCUUUGCCGGAACUCUUGCAAGCUGCCGGGGCGGUAAUCAUUUCGAAGACAAAUGUACCACAGACGAUGCUGGUUGCGGAGAGCCAUAAUAAUGUAUUUGGGCGCACUAAGAACCCUGUGAACUCCCGUUUGACAUGUGGCGGAAGUAGCGGUGGCGAGGGUGCAAGCCAGGCCUUUCGCUGCAGUGCUCUCGGCGUCGGAACCGAUGUGGGCGGAUCGGUACGAAUACCAGCUGCUUGCAACGGCGUUUACGGGUAUAAACCAAGCUUUGGGAUCAUCCCCAUGACCGGGUAUUCCUACUCCGGCUGGACAGGCUCCAACACGGGAAUUCCAGCUGUGACCGGUCCUUUGGGCCAUUCCGUGCGUGACCUUGACCUGUUCACUCGCAUUGUCAGGGACGCGAAGCCUUGGAGUUUCGACCCUGCCGUGAUUCCGAAUAUCAUGGAACUCGGCACCACAGCGACGCGGAAACCCAUCGUCGGCGUUAUCCACGCAUCUGGCCUUACGCCUCACCCACCGGUCCGCCGGGCCUUACGAGAAGCCGCAGCUAAGCUCUCGGCAGCCGGGUUCGAGACCAGGGACUUUGACCCGCCGGACUUCAUCGGCAUCCGCGAUGUAUCAGAGCAGUUAUUCACGCUAGACGGGCUCUCGUUCCCAAGACAAGAGUUCGCCAAGUCGGGCGAGCCGAUCGUGCCCAGCGUCAAGAAGAUCGGGUUCUUGGAUCUCCCGCGGAAGACCCAGGAGGAGGCUUGGCAGUGGAAUACCAAGAAAUUGGGGAUUCAGAAGCAGAUGCUAGACGAGUGGCAAAGGGUGGGCUGUGAUGUCGUUCUGGCUCCUGCUGGUCCGCAUACGGCGGUGUUGCCGGGGGAUUGGACGAGCGAUAUUUACACCGUGGCUUGGAAUGUGGUUGAUUAUCCUGCUAUCAUCAUCCCCUUCACGCAUGCCGAUCCGGCUCUCGACCCCGUGGACGCCGAAUUCAAGGCUAAGCACGAGACCGACCAGAAGAAUCAGGACAUGUAUGACCCGGAGCUUUUCAAGGGCGCGCCUGUGGCAUUGCAAAUUGUUGGUCCGAGAUUAGGGGACAAGCAACUACUCAAGGACGUCGAGCUUCUCGACAGUGUGCUGAACGGCACUGCUUGAUCCACUUGAAUCCUCGACGUGUUUGAUCUUUGGCCUGCUCGCAUCCGUCUCCUGUUGGCAUCUGACCGCAGGGCGGCACGUUCUUUGCUCAACUAUCAGCUUUUCCAGCUGGUCUUAAGGAAAACUAACGAAUAUAUCUCUUAUGAACAACCCUUGGUAGUCUAGUUGGUUAUGGCGUUCGGCUGUAAUUGUAAACGUGAUUGUUACCGAAAAGUCACCGGUUCGAUUCCGGUCCGAGGGAUGAUACAUUUUUGUCAUGUUCGUUCGUGUCUAUUGCUUUUGCUUGGACCCGGGCUUUGAUACUCUAAGAAGUAAGUGCAUGUAGUGGCGAGGACUAGGGUUAAACCAUCAUUUUUAUUUUUAUUUUUAGUGCAAAGUCUAGCGUCGACUUGUAGCCUUAUUUUCAGCUGUGGAUUUUCUAAUAGCUAAAAAGGGGGUAAAUUUUACAGUCAUUGGAUUUAUAGUCGCACACGAGGAUGGACAUCUGGGAUAUGUGGGAUUUAAAAGACUAUUAUCUAAAGACAAAUAUGAGAGCUAACUUUCAACA